UGGCGGGUGGGGGGAUGCACUGGGGGUGUGGGAUGGAAAUCCUAUAAAAUUGGAUUGUGAAGAUCAUUGUACAACUAUAAAUGUAAUAAAUUCAUUGAGUGAUUUAAAAAAAAAAGAAACCUUUUCUAGGUUCCUAGGUUAGUAAGUGUUUCUCUCUCAAUGGAGAUCCUAGAGCACUUUCUUCUCUGAUAAUUCACGCCACAUUCUACCCUUAUGAUAACACAUAUUUUUAGUUUACUUAUGACACUGUAGGUUCCCAGAGGAGAGAGACCAGGACCUACAAAGUUUUCUUUGAAAAAUGUAAAUGCAAUUCCCUAUACAGAGUAAGAGCUCGGUAAAUGCAGAAAACACACUUCGUGUAGAGAAUGAACAAAGGAACAUCUCUGUUGCCUUAUCAGCACACUUAGAUUUCUCACACGGGUCUCUGCGCCUUUGGUAUUGCUUAGCCUUGAAUAUAGGAAUGAAAGGAAGCAGCCACACGAUACCCACAGAUACAGAUAGACAUGGCCCAGGUAAAAACAGGAAGUGAUAGUGGAUGGAGAUACACCUUCUCUGUGUGGGUCCCCUGGACACAGCUUGGCUGUGCACAGUGUGUCCCAGAGCCAGGACAGAUCAGGUAUAAGUGAGCCUCCGGGGAAGAUGACAUGGGAAAAAGGUAGGUGACUGUUAAAUAUAUUCUCCUGUCCUGGCUCCAGCCUUCUGGUCUCAACGUUGCAAUACCUACCACGUAGUCAAAGCAGAGACCGUACGUGAGCCUCCAAGACCGAUGCAAACGUCUGAAGGCGUUUCCAUUACCAGGAAGGAACAAACGGGUCAUGGUGAGCAUCUGGAGCCACCAAGACAGACUAGUUGAUUCUGGAAGGAAAAUGAGCUUCUUUCAAGGGAAGUGGGAGAGACUUGGGGAAACGGCAGCAGGCUCCACUCCUGACCCGGAGAAAGGGUGUUGAAGGAAACGACCAGAAAUGAAGAUUCAGAGCACACUACAUUUUACCCUAGUUUGGGGAAAUGCGGGCAGGUGUGAGGUCUCUCAGUGUUGCAACAGGAUCUGUGUGUCUUGUUAGUGUUUGCGUUGUUUUUGAGAACAAGCACAGGGACUGAAACCUGUUCUAUGGCACAGUGGAAGGACUUCUGUCCUUGGAUACUACAGAGCCUCAGGGCUCUUAGUUUUGAAAGCCAGGAAAACAGAAAAAGAGAAUUUCUCUGCAACUCUUCAUGUUUUCAAACAGAUCCUAUUGGGAGGCACAUUUGUGGCAAAGAGAGCAGAGGAGAAUAUGAGGUAGUAAGAGAGAAUUAAGAAUAUGAGGUAGUAAGAGAGAAUUAAUUACACCUCAGGGUGAGGUGUAACGCUGAUCUUUUCAAAGAUGCUAUAGCCCUGUACUCAAGGAAAUUUGAAUUAUUUAUUCCACAGAACAUAACAGGGAAGUGAGUAAAAGAGGGUGCCUGUGUUUACGAGUACGUGUGAGAUUUCACUCGAUGCGAGCACACAGAACGGAGUAAAUACGUAAAAUGCCGUCUGACAUAAUUUAAUACCAGAUAAGGCUGAUAGCACAUUACCACGUGCCAAGCCUUACGGUAACUGCUUCACAUGCAACAUCGCACUUGAUUCUCACAGCUGAAUCCAGUAAACUGGCAUUACUACAGUAUUUUUAUUUUAGAGGAGAUGGUAUGAAAGCACAAACUUGAUAAGCAAUCUGUGCAGUACACCACAACUACCAGGCAAUGAAACCGGGGCUGAAGUCUUGCUCUGACUGUAAAAUCAAUGUUCUUAGCCAGGGUGUAAAGCCGAGUGAGUGGGAGCGUGUGUGGCUGAUGACGGAAACGUGCAAGGUUAUGUCCUGAAGACUGGGAGCCCCUCCCUUGGUGCUGCUUCGUGUGGGGUCUACAACACAUUCUCUGCUUCCCAAACAGAUCCUUUUCUCCAGAAAAAGCACUGAAGAACCAGGCAAAGAACUCCUGGGUAGUAAAUGACCCCAACGGUGAAGGAGGAGAUGCAGGCUGAGGGUAAAUGACCCCAACGGUGAAGGCUGAGGGUAAGGGCCAGUCUCUUCCCACCCAGCAAGCCCCACUGACUUCUGGGAUGUGUGCUGCUGUGGAGAGGAGGCGAUGGUGCCAAUAACGUGUAUUUCAGCACCCCAACUUCAGUCCCUUGUCAAUAAUGUGUGUCCCAGCACCCCAACCUUCGGUCCCUUGUCUAUAACGUGUAUUUCAGCACCCCAACGUCAGACCUUUGCCAUGAGCCGUGGCUGGAAGAUAUCAAGUCCUAUGGAAAUAGUUCACUUAUUUAUAUACCAAGUGAACAGCAUGAUGGACAAAAAAUUGGGCAGAAACGUGACUAACAGUGUAAGGUCAGGACUGAAUUCAGGGUUUGCAGAUGACGGAGCUGUUUAUGGACAUACACUGUCAUCUAUGUGUUUUCAAGAGAUGAAUCUGUGGUAGCUUCUUUCUUUACUGCAGCUUAAAAUAGCUGGACAGCUCACAAAUAACUCUUCCUUGUAGUGUCACAAGACACAUGCAUCUAUGUACUGCAUUCAUGAGCCUCACGACUCUCCUCCCACUGGGGGCCAGAACCUGAGUCGAUGGCUAAUACAGAGAGCCUGACAUAGCAAGUGAUAGGAGACCAAGGAUCCUGUCCAGUUCCUCAAAUCUGGUAGAUACGUUUGUCAUAAAAUUACCCUGGGUGUGUGUAAGCCCAGGCUGUGCCAAGCCUGAAAGGUGAAUCCUGAGACCAGAGGCCCUGAGACCACAUCCUCUACCCUUACCUAUUUCUCGUGGAUCCCAAGGCUCCAGGGAUUCAUGAAUUCACUUGUCAAUCCAUAUUUAGUUACUAUCAUCUGUUUACAUGGCACUGUCCUAGGUAUUGGGAUCAAAACUGUAAAGGACGGAGUCUGGAGUUUUGGAAAGUUGCAACACAGUGCAAGGAAACCUCAAGCUGUGAGGGUUUUGUGCACAGGGAACAGAUGUUGUAGAGGCACUUGACCUAGAAUGGUGAGGUGGCCCUUAAGGGGAAUCUUGGAUCAGCAGAUAAAGACUGGGGCAUGGACGUCAUAGGAAGAGAGAAGAGGGGAUGCUGAGUGUGAGGGUGGUUGCGUGAGUUGAGGGAGUAAAGCAACUGAGACUGCCUCAAACAUGCACGUCUGUGACGGGAAAUUAUAGGCAACAGACAAAUCGGUGGGAGGCAAAUUAUGAAGAUGUUUCUUUCUGUAAUAACAAAAACCUUUCCAUUUUAUCGAAAAGCAAUUGGAGAGUCACUAAGGAACCAUCCAAGAGUUACUGUCUGUUAAUUUCCACAGACUCUACUCUGAGGGAACUGUGCUGGAUCCAAGCACUACAGCCAACAGAUCACCCCACCCCACUACUAAACGGGAACCUUUUUCUGACAGCAUGUUAUUCUACACGUUUCCUUUCAGGCAGGAAAAAAAUCUUUGUGCCCUGAAUUCCUAAUCAAACAGAGACCUUUGACCAAGAAGGAAGAGUUCAUCAGCCCAUGUUCACAGACAAAGGUACUGCAGAUCACACAGCUAGAGAUGUGCAAAUAUCUUAUCAGGUGAGGGGGAGAACUACAGACAGGAGAGCAUUUUGAUUCUAGCAGAUCUUCAUUAAAAAAACACCCCCAUGUUUUAUGGAAAGGCGUGCAUCACAUUGGAAGAUUACUCCGCACUCACAGAAGACGUUUUAUGAGUCUCAUUCUCAGGGCAGCCUGACCCACUGACUCAUUUUGGUCCCCUACCUGAUGCUCAGCCGCCGUCAUCGCUGGCGACACUGUCUCAGAAGACGUCCUGCCUCUCAGGGCUCGCGGUCAUGCCGGAGAGAAACACCACUCUGGUCAGCGAGUUCAUCCUGGUGGGCUUCCCCACGGCCCCGUGGCUGCAGGUCCUGCUCUUCUUCCUCUUCCUGGUGGUCUACCUGCUGGUGGUGGUAGAGAACCUUGUCAUCAUGCUCACCGUCUGGGUCACUGGCUCCCUGCACAAGCCCAUGUACUACUUCCUGAGCAGCCUGUCCUUCCUGGAGGUCUGGUAUGUCUCCGUCACUGUCCCCAAGAUGCUGGAGGGAUUCCUCCUGCAGAGACGGCACAUCUCCUUCACAGGCUGCAUGGCCCAGCUCUACUUCUUCAUCUCGCUGGCCUGCACGGAGUGUGUGCUUCUGGCAGCCAUGGCCUACGACCGCUACGUGGCCAUCUGCCACCCUCUCAGAUACCCGGUCAUCAUGACCACAGGUUACUGUGCGCGGCUGGUGGCCUUCUCCUACGGGACUGGGUUCAUGGUCUCUGUUAUCAAGGUCUAUUUCAUUUCACUUGUCUCCUUCUGUGGCUCCAAUGUCAUGAACCACUUUUUCUGUGACAUCUCACCCAUCCUCAAGCUGGCCUGCAAAGACAUGUCCACGGCUGAGCGGGUGGACUUCGCCCUGGCCAUCGUCAUCCUUGUCUUCCCGCUCACCACCACCAGCCUCUCCUACGGCUACAUUGUCUCCACCAUUCUGCGCAUCCCCUCCACCCAGGGCAGGAAGAAGGCCUUCUCCACCUGCGCGUCCCACCUCACCGUCGUCGUGAUUUAUUACACGGCCAUGAUCUUCAUGUACGUUCGGCCCAGAGCCAUUGCUUCGUUUAACUCCAACAAACUAAUCUCGGCUGUGUAUGCAGUCCUCACGCCCAUGCUAAACCCAUUCAUCUACUGCCUGAGGAACCAGGAAGUCAAGAACGCCAUCAAAAGGACCAUGGGGGGCGGCCAGUGCCCCCUGCUCAGCUGAGCCCUGCUGCCCGGAGGAGGCGAUGGUGUUCCAGCAAGAUGUCAUUCCCACGACACGUAUCGCAUUUGUGCAUAUUUGCCUACUCUAUAGACGUAGAUCCUCAAGGUAAUCAUAGGAUCCGAAGAGAAAAAAAUUUAAAAAUUGAAAUAGUACACAUUAUGUAUUGCUUUAAUCUUGAAAUAUAUUUAAUAUGCCCUGUACAUGAUAUAAUAAAUUACUUGGAAUGAGAGAAUAACAGUAAAUGUUAACAUAUAAAACAAUGUUUUUAACCCUUACACAUAAUAAAUUAUUUUAUUCUCAUAACACCUCUAUGGGCUACUUAUGAUUAGUUCCUUGAAUUUCAAUUUUGGAAAACUGAAGCACACACGGAGAGACUUGCAUAUGUUACCCAAGAUUGCAUAGUUAUCCCAGGGAGUCUAGCUUUAUAGUGCACCGCAUGAGACUAUAUCUGAGAGCCUGUGAUAGCAGCUCUAAGGGGGACUUUUGUUAGCACCCACUGAUGUCUGGCAGGCACAAGAAAUUCAGUAGCUAGGCUACCUGGACAUGUGAUGGUAAGUGGUGCAGCUGAAGCAGUGAGGGUGAUGACAGUGCUGUUUGGCAUCGCCAGCGGGUUAGUGACGAGGACUACCCCUGACGUGAAUAACAAUGAUGUGGGCAUUUCCCAGUUCUAUCCCCAUUAUCCUUCUUCUAGACAAAGGAUCGGUGAGAGGGGUGGGACGUUAUAAGGUGGGAUCCACUGUUUCAUGAGAAAUGAAAAAGAUCAGGAGUUCCCGUCGUGGCACAGUGGUUAACGAAUCCGACUAGGAACCACGA